GGCCCGUCUCGACAGCACCGACAGGCUGCCCGCGCGACCUGAGCAGGACCGUCGCCAUGAAGAUCUCAAACGACAGCGCCGUGCCCGUCUACACCAUUGCCGGCGCCGAGGCGCGCCCGCUGCCGGACUGGCUCGUCCGCCGGCGCAAGCGCAGCCUCAAGCAGGACGCCGCCUUCGCACAGCGCGUGGAGCUGCUGCAGGACUUCGAGUUCCAAGAGGCGAGCCAGUGUGUGCGUGUGUCCGAGGACGGCGAGUGGGUCAUGUCCACGGGCACCUACAAGCCCCAGAUCCACGUGCACAACCUCUCGCAGCUCGCCCUGAGCUUCGAGCGCCAUACCAACACCAUCAACGAGACCUUCCAGCUGCUCUCCUCCGACUGGACCAAGUCGAUCCAUCUCCAGACCGACCGCUUCGUGGAGCUCCACACCGCUGGCGGCCUGCACUACCGCACGCGCAUUCCGCGCUAUGGGCGGGACCUCGCAUACGACAGGCACUCGGCCGAAGCGCUCAUACCCUCCGUCGGCGUCAACGCAGAAGGAUCGGGCGAGGUGUACAGACUGAACCUCGAGGUGGGGAGGUUCAUGAAGAGCUACGAGGUCGACGUGGGGGGCGACGACAUGACCACGACCGGCGCGGGAUCGCUGCAGGGAGGAAUUAAUGCCGGCAGCGUCAACACCGCAGCCAUCGCCGAGGACAGCCACAAUCUGCUUGCCUUCGGCACAUCGUUGGGCACAGUCGAGUUUUGGGAUCCGCGGUCACGGAAUCGGGCAGGCAUCCUGUCUGCGCCGACCGACGCUUUCGAAGGGCGCUCCGAAAUCUCCGCGCUGCAGUUCCAUCGCUCUGGCCUCGAGCUGGCAACAGGAAACUCCAGCGGUCUCAUCCACCUAUACGAUCUACGCUCGCCCGUCCCGAUACUCAAGAAAGACCAGGGCUACGGCUACCCCAUCAAGAACAUCAUCUACCUCAACUCCGCCACCUCCAGCCGUGCCCAAACCGCCGAGCCAAAGAUCCUGACCUCGGACAAGCGCAUCAUCAAGAUCUGGGAUGCUUCCAACGGCAAACACUGGACGUCGGUGGAGCCCGCUGUCGACAUCAACCACGUCGAAUGGUGCAAAGACAGCGGCAUGCUCCUAACCGCCAACGAGGGCAAGCAGCAACACGCCUUCUUCAUCCCCCAGCUCGGCCCCGCCCCACGAUGGUGCGCCUUCCUCGACAACAUCGUGGAAGAGAUGGCCGAAGACCCCAACGACCCCAACGCCUUCAACAAGAACUCGGGCGGCGACGUCUACGACAACUUCAAGUUUCUCACCAUGGAGCAGCUGCGCCAGCUCAACCUCGACCACCUCAUCGGCACCACGAGCCUUCUCCGGCCCUACAUGCACGGCUACUUCGUCGCGCAGAAGCUCUACGAGGAGGCCCGCCUCAUCUCCAACCCGGACCUCUGGCAGGAGCAGCGCCAGAAGAGCAUCGCGGACAAGGUCGCAAAGGAGCGUGAGUCGCGCAUCCGUGGCUCCAAGAAGGUCGCCGUCAAGGUCAACCGCAGGCUCGCGGAGAAGAUCAUGGAGCGCGAGGACAAGGCCGAGCGGCGCCGCGCCAAGCGCGUCCUUGAGAAGGGCGGCGACGACGACGUGCUCGCGGAUGCAUCCGGCGCCGCGCCCGCCGUCGAGGAGCUGGAUGUGGAUGCGGACGCGCCAAAGGGCGUUCUCAGCGACCCGCGCUUCGCCCGCCUCUUCCACGACGAGGACUUCGAGGUGGACGAGGCCAGCCACGAAUUCAACGCCAUCAACCCCAGCACGCGCCUGCCCAAGGGCCUCACGGCCGUCGAGCAGGAAGCCCUCGACUCGGCGCGCGGGUCGUCCGACGACGACUCGGGCUCCGGCUCGGACGACGAGCCCGCGCACGCCCAGCGCGCUGCCGACAACACGCGCAUCUCGACGGCGUCGUACAAGAAGGCCGGGCACAACAAGCGGCCCGGCCCGCAGAUGGUGGUGUCGUCGUCGGUGCGCAGGAGCGAGCCCAGCCGCGACCGCUCGUUCGGCGCGCGCGUGGCCAAGAUGCGGGCGCAGCGGCCGGCCGGCGGGACCACGACGACGGUGGUGGGCGAGCGCGAGAUUACGUUUGCGCCGGAGCGGAGGGGGAAGUCAGGCGGCGAGGCGCAAGGGCAACGGCACGAUCGGAGGAAGGACAAGGAGCGGAGGAGCGCGAGUAACAAUGCGUUUAGGGGGAUGUAGAGGCGUUUGGG